AUGUCACUUCACAUCGCCGUCGACGGUAUUCUCGGAACCCACGUCUUCUGGGAAGACAUCGAGACGGAAAUGCAACGCGCCUUGAACACCAAGUCCAAGUUUGGUGAAGCCAAAACCGUCCAAAAUAUCGGAGAUAUGAAGGUUUUAAAACUGAAAAAAAGACUUUAUUUAGGCUUUAUUCAGGGUUUCAUGUCUCGAAUCGGAUUGGUCGAGGCUUUCUGGCAGGGAGAAGACGCCGAGAAACUUCCUGCUAAAUUUGUCAUCAAGGUUUUUUUUUUCUCGAACAUUUUCCUGAAUACAGGUUUCUAUGGGGGAUUCAAUAUUGGUUCAUUUUUUUCGAGACUCAUACGCCUAGAAGUCGUUUUUCAACUCAGUAAGUCUCUGUUUUAGACUUUUUUUUUCUGAAAUCACGAAAUUCUGCUAUUUUUGAAAAAUGAUUUUUUUAGAAUUUGUGAACGUAUCCAAAAAGACCAGAAAAGUUCAAAGUAGGCUCAACAUUUUGGAAGCUUGAGCUUGAAUUUUUCCCCUUUUUUAUGGUCAAGGUAAUCUGAUAGGUAACUGCAGAUCGCAUCUCAACUGGCGAUGAGCGAGAUCCACGAGAAAAUGUCGCAAGUUUUCGACCACGAGCCGUUGAGUAAGGAGCAGAUAGAUGCUUUUGCCCAAAUUACGCGAGAAGUUUUCUGAAUCGCCCUAUCGAAAAGAUCCUUGAAUUCCUCAGACUCACAACAGAGAAGUGGCCGCCUACAAGCUUCUGCAGAGAGAAAAAGACCCAAAUAUUCCGAUUCCAACGGUAGGAAGACAAUUCUCGACUUAAGCUUCGUUCUUUUUUCAGAUCUACGCCACUCGUUCAUUUUCCGAUUCAAAUCAACUUCAAGGCUUCCUUGUCAUGAAUUACUUCGAUAACUUGUACCCUGUGCCAGCCUAUGAAAUAAUUUCCUCUGAAGAACUGCGUCCGGUAACCUAUUUUUGAAGUAAAUGAUGGAUGUGAUAAAACUAAUGUUUUAUAGGGAAUAGAAAAAAAAUUUUCGAAUGAAACCAGUCUUAAAGUUCAAACACGGUAGAGGCCAGUUGGAAGUUUAACAGCUAGCUUCAAUACUCUAUAAAUGCCUCCGCGCGUGAGUCGUUUUAGGUCGGCUGCGGGUUUAAACGAAUCUUUGUAGGCAUUCUAAGUGUGACAAUAUGUUUUAAGUUGGUGCGAAUUUUUUGUAACGCUGUAAUUCGAUUUUUUUUUUUGUAUUUGAGAUGAUCCCAGACUCUUUGAGCCAAAGGAGUUGAAGGGUCACAAUGAUUGCGUUCCUUACUCCAAAGACAUCUGGCGUCGUUAAAUUUAAAAAAAAAUCUGAGCUUUUCCUGAUCAUAAUCAUUAAUAAAUAAGUUCACUUUUUUCUUCCAACUUUUACUUUUCUAGAUGCUACGAGCAGCCGCGGCUCUCAGCGCCAUGGGAGUUCGGCUUCCCGCGGAAGAUUUCUCGUUUGCUGAAACUCGAGAUUUCGCUUGCCUUUUCAUGGACACUUUCUUUGAUGAGACGGUUAUUUUUUAGUUUUUAUGGAUGAAUAACAUGAAUCUCAGAGGGUAGAGUCAACGAAAGCUGUGAUAAAAAAGUUGCUGCCUGAUGAGAACGCCGAAAUGACAGAUGAAGCCUGUGAACUUCUCGAUUUCUACUCGAAUCCUGGCUUUUACAGGAAACUGGCUGAAGCUUAUGAGUACUUGGGUGAAUAGCUACGUGAUCGGAUCAUGGUACAAUUCUUUUCAGGAUUCGAGAAAGUCAUCACGCACAGCGACUUGUGGUCUGGCAACAUGUUGAUGACGAAGAACGACGGCAGGCUGCAUCUGGAAGCGCUCAUCGACUGGCAGGUCUGUUCGAGGGAUCCCCUUUUUAUCAAAGAAAAAAACAUCAUUUGUUCAGAUCGUGACUCGUGGAACUCCCGCCCAAGACAUGUGCCGGCUUCUGAUCAGCUGCAUGGCUGGAAAGGUGGCUCAUUUUUUUCUUUCUGAGCAGCAAAUUUUCCCUUUCUCUUUAGACGAUUAUGUUUGGACAAAAGUAACGUUUUCGAAAAAAGAUUAUUAUGGAACUUUUUUUCACUUUUUUUCUGAGAUGAAAUUUUCUAUAUUUUAUUAGGAGCAUAGGCAAAACUUAAAAUGCUCUCUAGGCAAAAAUUCCUUUUCAGUGAAAAUUGAAGCGACCGAAGUUUACUGGAUUUUUUUCGAUUUGGAUUUUUUAAUGACGUUUGGUCGGUUUGGAAGUUAUCGGAAAUAUUUAGUUUUUCGAAGAAAAUGUCAGGUAAAAACAAGUUGAACUUCAAAAAAUAGAUUUCCAUUUUUGGGAGUUUAUUUUUGCUUAUUCAUAAACUAAAAAAAACAUUUUUAUAUCUCUCAAAAACGAUAAUAAAAAAAUUCAGGAGCUGUAUUCGGAUACAAGUUUUGGGAAUUAAAAGGAAAUAGUAGUUUUUGGUAUUUCUUGACACGAGAUAAUUUUUUUAGACUUUACUCGGUCGAUUUUCCAGCAGAAGCUUUUUUUUUCCAUUUUCAGGAAAGACGUGAAAAUUGGGAAAGUUUGUUAGAGAUGUUUUACGGGUUCCUGUUGGAGGACAUUCCAGAAGGAAAGAAAGCGCCUUACACUUUAGAGCAGGUAAUUAAUUGGCUUCUUUUUUCUUCAAAGAUAUGAGACUUUUUCAUAUUUUCAUAUUGAUUUAUCCUUUUUUCAACCGUCCGCAACGUCUUUUUUCAGCUGAAAGAGUCUUAUCUCCUACUUUUCCCGAUUUCCGUCUUCAUGGUCAUGCCGGCUAUCGGAUCAAUGUUGCAGUUGGCCGGCCAGCAAAUCGAAGAAUCGAAAAGGCAACAGGUUUUUUUUUGUUCUUUUCUAUCGGUUUCUAACUCCAGCUCUAUCUUAUUCUUUUCUUUCAGAUAGUCGCAGUUGCUACAGAAAAGACCCUUUGCCUCACUGAAGACUUGAUUGAAGUCCACAAACGAAACACUCAAAAACAUCCCGAAUUCUAUAAAAUUCACAAACUUUAACUUAACUCUGAUACCGUCGUAUUUCCAAUAAAUUUGAUCCAUUUCAUGAUGGAAAGCUUGCUCCAUAAGGCUCAUAAGAGGCUGAAAGAUGAGACAAAAGCGCGUUGUCAGCCCUUUCCUGCCAGUUGCUUCCGUGGCGCAAUAGGCAGCGCGUUCGGCUGUUAACCGAAAGGUUGGUGGUUCGAGCCCACCCGGGAGCGAGACUAUUUUGCCAUUUACUUUGAAGUUGACUUGUAACGUUUUGGCGAAAGAGAAAUUUUAUAGAUGAAUAGAGAGUGUUUAUGGUGCAAAUUUAAGCCUUUUUUCAGUUUGAAAGGUCGUUCACGCCUCAAAACGCGGAUGUCCUUUCGUUAUAUUUUUCUAAUUCUUCUGCAACAUAAAUAAGCCUUCCAUGAUCUUUAGUCUAAAAAAGAUACUUUUUUUCCCUAUUGUUCAUUUUUGAAGUUAAGUCAUUCCGCCUUCAUUUUUGGAUGCUCCACUCAAUUUAAUUGCUGAUAAUUAUUCACAACUUCUCAAGAUGAUCUUCAGAUUGCCGACGGCAAGAGAAACCAAAAUUGAUGGGGUUUGUCUUUGGAUAACUUCAAGUCUUGCAGAUUAAAAUAAUUCCUGGGUCUUUAUCCAGGAAAUCCAUAACGGUUUCAAUGAGCUUCGAAAAAUUCUAGUUUCGAGUAAAAUUAUCUUCACUGUCAAAAGGUAUCAUCUAAGCUGACUCAAACUUUUCAUGCGCAAAAAUCUUUAGGUUCCAUUUUUUCCAAAUAGAAAAAAUUUAAUCACCUGCCUUUUAAUUUUUGAAAAAACUGAAAAAUUACCUUUUCCAAAAAAACAACGCUCUUUUUGUGUCUCUAGUGAUUUCCAUAAGUUGCGCAAAUGUGAUUCUGAACUCUGCGAAGCAAUAAUGAAAUCAUGAAAUCGAGGUUCGGUGGCUAAUUCGAAAAAGUUUCUUUAUAAUUUUAUUUGCUCCGUGCGGCUUUUUUUUUUCUUUUUGCACGGAAAUUUGAUUGCAUGUCGGGUCGAGAGCAGUCAGUUCGACUUCCAGGUUCCCAUGGACAUCUUGGAGUUUUCCAUUUUGUUCUUCACCGUUUUUGGAACUUUUGGCAACUUGAAUAUCAUCGUUGCGACCAGUUCCUCCAAGCUUCUUCGACAUCGGUGUGGUCAGUUUCUUUUAUUUUAUUUCAGUUUUACGGAAAAUAAAUUUUUUUAUUAAUAAGAGAACAACUGAAGAAGAGGAGCUCUUCAAAAAUCUUCUCUCUAGUCCAAGUGAUCGAAAUUCAGUACAUUAUGACUUUCUCUCAAACCAACUCUCAAUGGUUUUUUAAACAUAGAUUUCCAAUUUUCGCAUUCACUUCUCAUCCGUCGAAAAUCCUCUACUUCAAUAACUUUAGGUUAUCUCCUGGUGAUUCUCGCCUUUUGCGAUACAAUUUGUUUAUGGAACGAAUUCGCCUCUCUUAUUCGUCUGACGUUUGGCUGGGAGUCAAUGAGUUUGAGGUCAUUCCCUGAUUCUUGAUUAUCCGAAAAUUCACUUUUUUCAGAAGAUGUUUUUUCACAAACAUAAUCUACGUCUACAUCGAGCCUUUCGAGGUCCAUCUCAUCUUUGCGAUCGCCUUCGACAGACUCUACGCCAUGCAUUUUGUUUUUUCGUCAGUUUUUCUUUUUGAAGGAUUUCCAAAAAAACGGUUUUUCGUUUUUUUUUUUGACUGGAUUUCUCCAAAACGGAGCGUCGUAUGUUUGGAAUCAUUGAAGGUACCGAACUGGAAGAACCGACUUGUACAUAUUCUUAAUAUCCCUUCCAGGCAUCAUCAUUGGCGCGCUAUUUUUGGUUAAUAUUUUUUAGAAUAUUUUUUGACUUCCUUCAGUUUUCAGGGAACAAGUUACUUGGGACUUUCUGAAGAAAUUGUUAACUUUUGUGUCCUACCAUUUGCAAUGCCAGAAUUGGUAAGAUGGAAUAUAUUCCCUGAAAUAUGUUGUAUUUCAAGGUUUCCUAUGUUUGGAAUCAGUACAAUCUGUGGAUGGCCGUCGCCACGUUGCUUCUUCAUUCUUUCACCUAUUGCACUGUUUAUUGUUUCAGUGAGCUCUUUUCUUCCCUUCCUUUAAAUAUCGUGUCUUUUUCAGAAAAGAAGUCGCAAUCUUCGGGAAGCGAAUCCCUCGUCGUCACUCAGAAGGCCAUUCUGAAUACCGUCAUCAUUCAAGCAGUUGAUUUCUGUUGAAAAUAUUUGAAAGGAAUGAAUGAUUUAAGCUAGUUUUCUGUGGUUCUUCGGUUCUUUCGGCGGCUUUGAUCGCCGUUUUGGGCCUUUUCGAAAAGCCUCCCGUCGAUCCCGAGCUUGUCAGCACCUACGCCGUGAUUCCAGGUACUUUUUCGUAUUAUAAACAUAAAGAGCUUGUGAACUACAAACAAACUAGUUUCAAAAAAAGCCAUUUUUCAUUUUCUGUGUAUUUUCAUAUCGUUUCAUGAUUUCAGCACCUUCAAGAGUGUUUUAAUCUAAUUUUUCUUCGUAUCUUAGUUAUUACUCUAUGUAUUGAAUUAGCAAUAGACACGUGUUGAAAACAUAGUGAAAAGUAUGACAAGCUUCAGAGCAAAAAGUGUAUAAAAAAGAAAUAAAAUUCGAAAAUUUCUCUGAUUAAGUUUUCAAGUGCUUUGCCCGUUCUCAUAGAAAUUUCUAGGUUGGUUUCACCGUAUUUGAAAAAAAAAAAACUCCUAACCUAAUUUCAGGCCUGCUGUCCUACUCCGGCAACUUUUACAUCUAUUUUUGGCGUAGCCGCGAUUAUCGUCAUCAAUUUAUGCGGCAACUUGGCUGUGGGAAGUUCCUGCCCCAGGAACAAAGUCUCGUUUUCGUUUCGAGUAUCCGAUCCAAAACUUCCAGUCAACAUUAG